UUAAAUAUAAUGUGACCCAAAUAAUAGACUUCUCAUUCCACGAACAACCAGCAUGUGAGAAAGGAGUCAAGUGAAAAAAAAUUCAGUUUGAAUAAAUGAAAGUGUUUCUAAUAUGAGGUUGUGUUUGGUUGUUUUCACUUUCGUUUUACAAGUUUUUGGUGUCCACCUGUUGAUUGUUCCUGAUGAAAUCCCCACUAUUUUAUCGGUGAUUUACUCGAAUAUCCCAGUUUUGAAGAAAGGGACGGAUUCGAGAUUAGGAUGGGGUUUUCGGUUGGGUGACAGGGCCGAUUUUCAAGUUCUUGUUGAAUUGGGGCCCCAGACGUACACGCAGCCUUUGGGCAACCAGGGCGAUAAUAAUAGCAAUAAGCGGAACACUUUGAACACACUUUCGGACACUUUGUACGCCCAGAGACAGAAAGAAAAGCAACAAAAACAGGAAAAACAGAAAGAAAUCUCCGAUACCGAAGGUGGUAAAUGGUUAGAGAGUUGGAGUAAAAGUGUGCGCGAAAAACCGGUCGGAGAUGAGGUUCAGGAUGUGCCACCGGGGGCGAAGCCCGGGAUUGCAGUCGGGGAAAUUGAUGCCAAAUCGGUAAUUCCGGAUGACGCCACUUUGAAAUUGCUAGAAUUGCAUAAAGAAAAACGAGUGGAAGCAACGACGGAAAGUGAAAGUACGACCAAGUCCGAGUGAUUGUCUUGCCAUUAAAUAUGUAUGAUAACUAUUGGUGCCAAAGAUGUGAAAGGGCGUAAUAAAAUUAUUUAAAAAAAUUAA